GGCAGCAGAAGCUCAUGUGUUAUCAAAUAUAGUAACUUAAAGUGAUUCAAUUUUAUUCGGUGCAUGUCUAUUUGCGAACUGAAAAUGAAAAUACAUUUCAUAAUUAUUCUGAUUGCAUUCACAGUUUAUACUGUAAAUGCAAUCCCACAACCAACAAACGAUCAUAUUUUUCAACAUGGUUACUCAAAUCAUUACCCAAGUGCAGUUGAUACCUCAUUAAAUACACCAAACGCACCAGUGGCUUCAAAUAUUUACCAAAGUGGUUACAAAAAUCCACAUGUUCAACAAAAUAAUUACCCAAGUGCAGAUGGACAUUAUAAUAUCGUACAACCGGUUUCAACAAAUUCAAAUGAUCAACAAACUAUGUUCGAACAAUCUUCAAAUAACCAAAAUCCAUCAUGUGAAUGUGUGCCGUACCACAGAUGCGGUGCAGAUAUGAAAUUGAUCAAAACAAGCGAUGCGAAUGAUAACGCAGCGAUAGGCUAUCAUCAAAUUGAUGCUCGUUUUUAUGAAACGAGAGAAUGCGCUGAUCUCUUAGAUGUUUGCUGUGAGGGUGCGGCUAAACUAAAUAUAUCAAUGACUCCAGUUCCGCCCCCUCGACCAAAAGGUUGUGGUGUACGCAACCCCAAUGGCAUAGAUUUUAUAUUAACCAAUGUUAACAAUGAGGCUGCAUUUGCUGAAUUUAAUUGGGUCGUUGAGAUACUUACAAAUGAUGUUGAUAAUCAACCAAUUGCUGGGGGCAGCCUAAUUCAUCCAAAAGCAGUUUUAACCUCCAGUCACAAUGUAAAACAGUAUGAAACAAGAGCAAAACAACUAAAAGUUCGUGCUGGCGAGUGGGACACUCAAACCACAAAAGAAAGUAGACCAUACCAAGAACGUGUUGUUUCCGCAAUUCAUCUCCAUUCGAGUUUUAACGACCAUAGCCUGGUGAAUGACAUUGCAAUUGUUACAUUGACCGAAGAGUUCCAAAUGGACGUUCACAUAGGCACAGUGUGCUUACCGCCACCAGGUUAUGUGCCAAAUUUUCCAGAAUCGUGUCUCGCUAGCGGAUGGGGCAAAGAUAAUUUUGGACAAGCCGGCAAAUGGAGUUUGAUCUUGAAAAAACUACAACUUGGCAUUGUUGAUUCUAACACAUGUGAACAAAAAUUGCGAAAUUAUCGAUUGGGCAAUAAUUUCAUUUUGGAUAAAUCCUUCAUUUGCGCUGGAGGAAUUGAAGGAGUUGACACGUGUCAAGGAUAUGGUGGUGCUCCGCUUGUCUGUCCAACUGGAUAUGAUAAUCGUUAUGUGCAGUAUGGAGUUGUGUCUUGGGGUCUUUCUUGCAACAAGCCUAUACCAGGUGUUUAUGCAAAUGUACCGAGCAUGCGAAUUUGGAUUGAUAGUAAAAUGUCAUCUUUGGGCUUGGGGAACAUCUACUACACAUAUUAAAAUUAUUUUCUUACUAAAACAAAUGAAAAGCAUCAAAUUUUUUCUUCUUUUUUAGUGUAAACAAAAAUAGACCAAGAGCUACUUUUGACUCAAAAGUUUUGAGUAACGUUUUUGCAAGUAACGUUUCUUUUUGCUUUAUCAGAAUUAUUUUAUAGUCAGAAAAUUAAAUUGAACCCAUUCGCGAAAUCUACACUAUUAAUAAUAGUCUAUUAUUCGCGGAUAAAAAACACAUCAACUAUGAUAGCGAGUGCUGAAUAUUUGAUUGGCUGUAGUGAUAAACGUAAAAUUAUUUGUUUUGUGUAUGUCCAGCUGCAUGGUUCAAUAUAGUUUUCUGACAUAAAACAUAAAAGAUACUUGUUAGAGUGGCUCC